CAAACUGUUUAACAUGCCGUGGAAUUUUAUGCCCCCGAUUGUACCUAUUCAUAAUGGUCUCUUUGUAGAUAGCAUGGCAGUCACGGUUUCGAGUUUUGUAUAAUCGCGUCUUUCUUUUCAGUAAACAUGUUCUGGAGCCUUAUCAUUUAGUGGAGACCGGAAAUGUAAUGCAAGAGGUGUGGUCGCCCUUUCCACUUUCCCCUUCCCCCUCGCGUUUGUGACUGCAACGAAAAUGGGGGUAAAAGGAAGUUGCGACAUUCAGGAAGUCGUGGCAAGCCCAAUGGAGUGGGAGGGACAAGGCGGGCGAGGGGCUAGCCAACUCUCAGCCAACCUUCAUUCACAGCAUUCUAUUGUCAGUCGCUUGCAGCGGGAUGGAGUCAAUAUGGCGGAAGGAAGAAGGAAAGUUCGUGUUGAGGAGCGUCUGAAAAUAAAGAUUGGCGAGGCCAAGAAUCUGCAGUGUAGGACCCAUGGCUCGGUUAACCAGCGAGAUGUCUACUGCACUCUGUCUUUGGACCAGGAGGAGAUAUUCCGGACCAGCACCAUGGAACGAACCCUUGACCCAUUUUUUGGUGAGGAAUUCCAGUUUGAGGUGCCACGUCGGUUCCGUUACCUCUCUGUGUAUGUGUACGAUAGAGACCGCCACUUGAAGCAGGAUAAAGUGCUUGGCAAGGUGGCCAUCAAGCGGGAGGACCUUCACACAUACCACAACAAGGAUCACUGGUUUCCGAUUGUUCCAGUUGAUGCUGAUAGUGAAGUUCAGGGUAAAGCAAAUAUUGAAGUAAAACUGGACCCAGUCCUGAAAGGUGAGGCCGAUGUGGGACAGCAGAACAGCAGGGUCACUGUGAGGCUGAUUGAGUGCAGUGAUCUGACGAUAAAGAAUGGGAACUGCGAUCCAUUCGCUAAUGUGACCAUGUGUUACUCGAAUAGCAAGCAGGAGUCCAGGCGAACAAAGGUGAAGAGAAAAACUGUGUCCCCACAUUUCGAUGAAGUAUUGGUAUUUGAGCUUCCGAACAGCCGCGGCCAGAACCAUGAUCGGGACACAUACAGCCUGCAGCAUGAGCAAGAUGUGGAGUUCAGCGAAUUGAGGAUCACUCUGUGGCAUGACUCGCCUGGAAUGGCUGACAACAUGUUCCUUGGAGAAGUGAAGAUCCCCCUCAGAGGCCUUCAGCAGCAACAGUUUGCAGCCAGCAAUAAGUGGUAUUUCCUCCAGCCAAGAUCACAUAAGAACCAUUCUUACAGUAGGUCACCUGGCAACUCCGGUUUUCCUCCUGGUACACAUCAGGACAGUCUGGGCACACUGCGGCUCAACAUCCACUACACAGCCGACCAUGUCUUCUCUAGUCACGUGUAUGACCCUCUCCGGCAACUCAUCCUGCAGAGCACACAGAUUGAGCCGGUUACGUCGAGUGCUGCAUACAUCUUGGGCGAGAUCGUAACAAGCAAGGUGGAUGCCGCGCAGCCUCUUGUUCGUGUCUUCAUGCAUUAUGGAGAGAUUGUGCCCAUGAUUCGCGCUCUGGCACGCUGGGAAAUCUCCAAAGUCACGGAUGCCAAUACAAUAUUCCGCGGUAAUACUCUUGUCUCGAAGAUGAUGGACGAAGCAAUGAAAUUGGCAGGUCUGCAUUACCUGCACAAUACGCUUCGAUCAUCACUAGAUCUUGUGUUCCGGGAACGCAAACCAUGUGAGAUAGAUCCUGCAAGGGUGAGAGAUCCUGCAAUGAUUGAGGCAAACCUGACCAAUCUUAAGGAGUAUGUGGAGAACAUCUUCGAGGCCAUCACGACAUCAGCCCUGCAUUGUCCCUCGCUUAUGUGCCAAAUGUUCCAUGAUCUCAAGGAAUUAGCCAGUACACGUUUUCCAGAUAACAGAGAAGUAAGAUAUUCCGUGAUCUCUGGCUUCAUCUUUCUGAGGUUUUUUGCCCCUGCCAUUUUAGGACCUAAACUGUUUGAUCUGACUACUGAACAGAUUGACUCGCAGACGAAUCGUACGCUCACUCUCAUCUCAAAAACAAUUCAGAGUCUCGGUAAUCUUGUAAGUUGCCGGUCCGCCCAACAGACGCGUAAAGAAGAAUACAUGUCAGCCCUGUACAAAGCUUUCUGCACGAAAAAACACAUGCAGGCAGUGCGUCAGUUUCUCGAGAUCAUCUCUGCCUCGUCUGACCCCGGACAUCGAACUCUAGACUCUCCUGUCAUACUGAAAGAGGGGAAAAGGGUGAUGAUCAAACGAGCGCAAGGCAGGAAGAGGUUUGGCCGCAAGAACUUCAAGCAGCGUUACUUCAGGCUUACAACUCAGGAUCUCACUUAUUCUAAAACUAAAGUGUCUGUGUGCUUCAUGUCGCCAGGUAAGGAGCCACUGUGCUGCAUCCCCCUGGACCAGAUUCUGGCUGUUGAGAGAUUGCAAGAAGACUCGUUCAAGAUGAAAAACAUGUUCCAGAUAAUUCAGCCCGAAAGAGCCCUCUACAUUCAAGCUAACAACUGUGUGGAAGAGAAGGAGUGGAUUGAUAUCCUCACAAAGAUCUGCCAGACGAAUGCAAAUAGGCUUGAGCGUUACCAUCCAUCAGCAUACAUCAAUGGACGUUGGAUGUGUUGCCAAGCGCCAAGUGAGGUGGCCCCAGGUUGCAGCGAUGUAUCUCAAGGUCUGGAAGUAGGACUACAGAUGGAUUUAGAUCCAGAUCGAGAGCUUCAGAGGAUCCACUCGCUGUUCAUUGCGCACAUGGACAGGCUGGACAGGCUCAGAUCCGCGUGUGAAUGCCAGGCAGUGUACACAGGUGACAUGUGUUUCUUGCCAAGCUUCAUUAUCGAGGAUGUGCAGUCAUGUUUCAAGAUGCUGAACCAGUUGAGGGAGACGGUGUUUAACUUGGAGCAGGAACAUCGCAGCUACCUGAAGCUGUUGACUCGUGAGACCAAAUAUGGCAGCAAACAGGCCCCAAUAGGGGAUGACAACUACCUGCUGCUGGCAGCGAGGGUCAGACAUCAGGACAGCAGUCAGCUCAGGAUAACGUGCAGCCUGCCCAAGUGACAGUGGCUCAGGUGCUACACGGAUUGCGGUGGUCAUGUCGCAGUGCCGUGCCACUUGAAACUAUCUGCUGCUGGCAGCGAGGGUCAGACAUCAGGACAGCAGUCAGCUCAGGAUAACAUGCAGCCUGCCCAAGUGACAGUGGCUCAGCUGCUACACGGGUUGCGGUGGUCAUGUCGCAGUGUCGUGACAUUCAAAACUAUGCCAACAAUUUUGGUGAGGUUGGGAACACUGUCAAAUGUUGUUCAUGUUUGUAACUUGAUAUCCAUUUGCCUCAUAUUGACUUUCAGUGGAUGUCACUGUUGAGUGCUCAGCACACGUCUCUUGUGUUGGGAUGUCCUGGAUUCAGAUCUAAGCGUGGACAUGGGCUAUCCUGACUGAGACCUUUCAUGGCUUCCUCAGCCCCCCAGGCAAAUGCCUCGAUAGUACCUCACAUGCCACAACCACUUCCACGUUCUUUGCAUUUCAUUACCAGUUUAUAAUACGACUCUGUGUGUUGUAAGUUACUGGCAGUAUCAUUACAUAAACAUUACAUUGCUCAGAAGCCGGGAUCGUGGGUUCAAAUCCCACUCGGCAUGGAUGUUUGUGUGUGUUUUUCUGUGUUUGUCUACA